CGGGCGCGUUCACGUGUGACCUUGUUUUUGUUGAUGUUUAAUGAGUCGGCUGCGCGCUUCUUGUCGUUGCUGACGCGACCCUCCCUGGGAAAAAGGACGCACCGAGGCUAGCGGCGCAAUACUUUAGUGUUGAUUUAUAAAUACACUGUAAGUUAACGCAAGUCAAUUGCCAACAAGCCUAGACAGCGAGGCAACGUAUCCCGUAUGUAAUCGUCCUUGCUUGUCACCGGACGCCGCCAGCAAAGGCCACAGAACAAAACUGUUUAUCGACAUUAUAUGAUCCAACGUCCAGAGUCAGGUUUACCCUCCAUGUGGGUGAGGGAAUUGUGUGUGUCAGACUAUGGCGAGAAAAACAGUUAGCAGGAAAAGAAAGGCAGGGGAGCCCAAGGACCAACAACAGCUGGGCUGGUGUCAGGCGCCAUACAAGCGGAGUCGUGUCUCAUGUUCUUCACGUCAUGUGCAGUGGUGGCGCAGUCGCCACUCAGUGGUCUGCGCUCUCCGGGGCCGAGAGUUCCGACCUCAGCAGCAGUACGAAUUGCAGCUCCAGCGGAGCCUGCGUGGCUUUGCGGCCGGCAGGCUCCCUGGCAUCCUGAAGGAGAGGGAGUUUUCUCUUGGGCGCCUUAACAAAGUAUUUGCCUCACAAUGGCUCAACCAACAGCAAGUUGUGUGCGGGACCAAAUGCAACACGCUUUUUGUAACCAAUGUCAUGACCGGGCAGAUCACUCGGAUUCCCAUGCUCAAGGACAGGGAAUGUCACAGUGGAGUCUCUGUGGUGGGCGUGGUGCAGAAUUACCACAACACAGCCAGCUCUCAUUCCCGGCUGGACCAGCAGGGCUGUGGAAUCCAUGCUAUUGAGAUCAACCCCUCAAGAACCCUCCUGGCUACUGGGGGAGACAACCCCAACAGCCUGGCCAUCUACAAGCUGCCAACGCUGGACCCUGUUUGUGUUGGUGAUGAUGGCCAUAAUGACUGGAUCUUCUCAAUAGCAUGGAUCAGUGACAGGAUGGCAGUGUCUGGUUCGCGAGAUGGCUCCAUGGGUCUGUGGGAAGUUACAGAGGAAGUAAUGAACCAGGCACAGCACAGCCAGAGUGAUACGGCCAUGCCCUCCUAUGCCCACAUCUCCCACCGAGCCCUCAAAGACAUCCCAAAGGAAUACACCCAUCCGUACAACUGUAAAGUCCGUGCUCUGGCCUUCAACAACAACCAUAAAGAAUUGGGUGCUGUCUCUUUAGACGGCUACUUCCACCUUUGGAAAGCUGAGCACAGCUUGUGCAAGCUUCUGUCUACCAAACUGCCGCACUGCAAAGAGAAUGUGUGUCUGGCGUACGGGCAGGACUGGUCCGUAUACGCUGCCGGAUCUCAGGCCCACGUGUCUUUUUUGGAUCCUCGUCAGCCGACGCAUAGCAUCAAAUCAGUCAAUUCCCGAGAGAGGGGAAGUGGAAUUCGUUCGGUGAGUUUUUAUGAGCACAUCGUGACGGUCGGCACCGGUCAGGGUUCGCUUCUCUUCUACGACAUCCGCGCUCAGAGAUUCCUCGAGAACCCUUUGAUCCCAGCUGGAGGGUACUGGAAGUGCUCGGGAGAUGGCAUCCUCAAGCUCACCACAGGGAAAGGCUGGCUGAAUCAUGAUGAGACAUGGAGGAGUUAUUUUUCAGACCUUAAUUCUUUUCCAAACGCCGUCUACACGCACUGCUACGACCACUCAGGCACCAAGUUGUUUGUAGCUGGCGGACCGCUCUGUUCCGGCCUCCAUGGCAACUACGCAGGAUUGUGGAGCUAGCCUCGUUAUCCUCUGCGUCACUGUACGAUGACAUCCUCGUCCGCUUUUUUUUUAUCCAAACAGUCCCUCCGUUCCUCUCCUCGUGCAACAUCAUCGUCUCUGUUGGACUCAGGAGCACGACCUUGCCGCCAACCACAUCCCAGCUGUGCUUGUACAUCUUUGUGAACGCAUUGUAACAUUCUGUCAUCCCUUGUUCCUUUCUUUUCGUCCUUCCACCAAACCAAGCCUAUUUUUUUUAAUUUAAAUAACAUGAGCUAGGCAUUUUCUAAAGCUACCAAUGAGGAACGAAGAGGGGCUUUUUAAAACCCAUAACCAACUGUAAUAGUGACUCAGACCAUUUGCAAUUGAUUUCAUAUGAAGUUGGGUUUAGCAUGUAAGAUUGUUUGUACGGCACCACAUCCUUUGUAAGAUAUUAGAAUGUUUUUGUGAAGAUGUAACAUUCGGUUUGCUUUUCAACUGGAAUGAGUGGCAAAACUCAAAAGGGGGAGAGGAGAGAGGACUGAAGAGUUUUCAAGGACCUAACCUGUGUGCAAUUUGACUUUUGAUUGCUGGAACAUUCUUCAGUUCAGUCCCAAAACACAUAAACGCUCAAAAACAAAACUGCCGAUGAUGGCUUAUUCCAAUCAAAAUUUGACAUUUUUGGGAGAUAUCAUAUAGGAGAGAAUUGCCAUAAUUGCUAAAAACAAUGUUCUGUUGUUAUAUAUGCCCUUUCUUUUCGAUUUUGAUUUGAGUGACAUACAACUGCUGAUAUAAUUUGUUUUACAUGUAUUUAUUUUGCCCUUAUUUCACCCUCAUUUGAAUGGCUUGGGGUGAACUAAUUUUUGAAUUAGUUUUGUUUUUCCCCUAUAAACCUUUCUUGUUCGAUCAGA